AUGACGUCAAAGCACGAAGAACAAAUGAAAGAGAAAGACGCCAUAAUCCAACGUUUGAGAAAGGAGAAGAGUAAUGUGUUCAGCGGUCUCCAGGAAAAGGCCCGGCAGUCGGUGCGGGACGAGAUUCAACAACAGACUACUGCCAACUCUUUCCUCCGCGGACAAGUGGAAAAUAUAAAGACGCAGAACCAGGUAAAUGUCCAGCCUCUCCUGGACAGGAUCGCUAUUUUGAAACAGGAUCUGAAAAAGGAGCAAGAGGAGAAAGAAAGCCUGAAGUCCUCCUUAGAGACCAGUGAGGCGGCCACUGCAGCAGUUCUAGAGAUAUCAGUCGGCCAGCUGGACAAACAGAAGAAUGAGCUGGAAAGUGAAGUCUCGUCUCUGAAAAAGGCUUUGGACACUCAGAAGAAGAAUGUGGAAGCAGUGGAGAGAGAGAGACAGCAGCUGACAACAGAGGUGUCAGGCCUGAAGCGAGCUCUGAGGGAUUGUCAAAACGUGGAGCAGGAGAAGGUCGGCCUACAGUCUACUGUCAAAGACCUGAGGUCAAACAUGAGCCAAAAGAAGAAAGUUACUGAGACCAUCCGCUCAAAAUGUAAUGAGCUGAGCCACAAAACACAGGAGCAGGAGGAGACAAGUCGGGCUUUGAACCAGAAACUCGAAACAGUGACAAACGUUUUCAGGACUGCGAUUCAGAGAUCCCAAACUGCUAUGAAUUCUGCUGUGGCUCAGAAAGACCAACUUGCAACAAUAGUGGACAAUACAAACAAGGAAAUGGAGGCACUGAAACUCAAGCACUCAGAGGAAACCAGAAUAACACAGACCUGGAAAAGCAAAGAGGUUCUCAGAGAAAAGGAGCAGGACCUGCAGGAGGCUCUCAGAGCAAAGGAGGGGCAACAGGAGGCUCUCAGAGCAAAGGAGAAGGAGAAGCAGGAGGCUCUCAGAGAAAAGGAGGAGGAGGAGAAGCAGAAGGCUCUUAGAGAAAAGGAGGAGGAGAAGAAGGAGGCUCUUAGAGAAAAGGAGGAAGAGAAGCAGGAGGCUCUCCGAGAAAAGGAGGAGGAACAGCAGUGUCUGAAGACGAGGAGGAGGCCCAUGGACCCCGCUGUGAGGGGACAGUACUUAGAACAGAGCUGCAUGGAGCUCUGCAGCGGCUGCAAAGAAUCCAAAACAGGCCCAUCGUCCGGAGAGUAA